AGGGGAGGGGUUUGCGUCAGUUGGAAGUGAAGUGCUUUCCUCGGCGGAGAUCUCGCCGCCGGUCGCUGUACUCUCUUGAGCGCGAGGCAGCGAGGCGAAAAAAAGCGGUUGGGGGGGGGGGUGUGUUCUGUCAACUUACCUCAUCCUCACCGACACCCGAAUUAUUGUGUUUGCAAACCGUGGCGGACUCCGGCAGAUGAUAUUCCAGUGGCCUAUGGAACCCAUCAAACUUGAAUAAAAUGUGCUCAUUCUGAAAACCUUUACCGCUGAAACCAAAAAAACGAAACUUUUUUUUGAAAUUCACAUUUAGCUGAAUUCUCUUCAAUCAUGUACGGAAGUGCUCGGACAGUGGGUAAAGCGGAGCAAAGUAAUCAGAGCCCUGGUCGCUCACCAAGACUGCCACGAUCGCCCCGUCUUGGUCACCGGCGAACAAACAGUACUGGGGGUAAUUCUGGUGCAAAUCCUGGAGGUGGAGGUGGGAAAACUCUUUCUAUGGAGAACAUCCAGUCACUGAAUGCUGCGUAUGCCACAUCUGGUCCCAUGUACCUCAGUGAUCAUGAAAUGGUUGGUAUAGAUUCCCCUAAAAGUAUAAUGACAUUGGGCAGACCUUCUGGACGCCUGCCAUAUGGUGUUAGAAUGACGACAAUGGGGAGCAGCCCUAACAUUGCCACAACUGGUGUGGCCAGUGAUACCAUAGCUUUUGGAGAACAUCAUCUGCCAACUGUGAGCAUGGCAUCUACUGUGCCUCAUUCAUUGAGGCAAGCUAGAGAUAAUACCAUCAUGGAUCUGCAGUCACAACUGAAAGAGGUCCUUCGUGAGAAUGAUCUGCUUCGCAAAGAAGUAGAUGUAAAGGAGAGCAAGCUCAGCUCUUCCAUGAAUAGUAUCAAGACGUUCUGGAGUCCUGAGCUGAAGAAGGAGCGAGCAAUUCGAAAGGAUGAGGUGGCAAAAAUAACUGUAUGGAAAGAGCAAUUUCGGGUUGUGCAAGAUGAAAAUCAGCACCUGCAGAUGACGAUUCAGGCAUUGCAGGAUGAGCUCCGGAUCCAGCGUGAUCUGAACCAGCUCUUUCAGCAGGACAAUAGCACCAGAACUAGUCAGCCUUUUGUUGCCGAACUAACUGAGGAGAAUUUCCAACGCCUCCAUGCAGAACAUGAACGGCAGGCCAAGGAACUAUUCCUGCUGCGCAAGACUUUGGAGGAGAUGGAGCUACGAAUUGAAACACAAAAACAAACGCUCUGUGCUCGUGAUGAAUCCAUCAAAAAACUGUUGGAAAUGCUUCAGAGCAAAGGACUGUCCUCAAAAGCAGCGGAAGAAGACCACGAGAGAACACGGCGUUUAGCUGAAGCAGAGAUGCAGGUGAACCAACUGGAGAACCUGCUUGAUCAGAAGGAAAAAGAAAAUCAUCACUUCAGAGAGGAAGUACAGCGGAAACUUGAAGGGGCACCGGAUUCAGCCAAAACAAAAGCAUUACAAACUGUGAUUGAAAUGAAGGACACUAAAAUAUUCUCCAUGGAGCGGAACAUGAGAGACCUGGAGGAUGAGAUACAGAUGCUGAAGUCAAAUGGAGCCCUGAGCAUUGAAGAGAGAGAGGAGGAGAUGAAACAAAUGGAGGUUUACAGGAGUCAUUCCAAGUUCAUGAAGAAUAAGAUUGACCAAGUGAAACAGGACCUUUCCAGAAAGGAGACAGAGCUUCUGGCCUUGCAGACAAAGCUUGAUACACUGACGAACCAAUUCUCAGAUAGCAAACAACAUGUGGAAGUGCUCAAAGAAUCACUCACAGCGAAGGAACAGAGAGCUGCUAUACUGCAAACAGAGGUGGAUGCACUGCGCCUGCGUCUUGAAGAAAAGGAGAACAUGCUAAAUAAAAAGACAAAGCAAAUCCAGGAGAUGUCUGAGGAGAAGGGAACUCUAGCUGGAGAGAUUCAUGAUCUCAAAGAUAUGAUGGAAGUCAAAGAACGUAAAAUCAAUGUCUUGCAAAAGAAGAUUGAAAACCUGCAGGAACAGCUGCGGGAUAAAGAAAAGCAAAUGAGCAGCCUGAAAGAGCGGGUAAAAUCCUUGCAGGCGGACACCACAAACACAGACACUGUGCUUACCACCUUGGAGGAGGCUCUUGCAGAAAAGGAGAGAAUAAUUGAGCGACUGAAAGACCAAAGAGAGCGAGAUGAAAGAGAAAAGCAGGAAGAAAUUGAUUCAUAUAAAAAGGAUGUAAAAGAGAUUAAGGAAAGAGUCAGUGGACUCCAAGGAGAUAUUUCAGAAAAGGAGGCUGCACUACUAGAUCUUAAAGAGCAUGCUUCAUCAUUGGCAUCAUCUGGGUUGAAGAAGGAUUCCAAGGUGAAGACAUUGGAGAUCGCUUUUGAACAGAAGAAAGAGGAAUGUGCUAAGCUUGAAGCACAGCUGAGAAAGAUGCAUGAGGCCACAACUGAAACACGGGCCAACACAGAUUUUAAUGAUCAGAUCCAACAGUUGGAGAAUGAGGUAGCGCAGUAUCGGGACGAGGCCAGCAAAACCCAGGCAGAAGUGGACAGGCUACUUGAGAUCCUGAGGGAGAUGGAGAAUGAGAAGAAUGAUAAGGAUAAAAGGAUAGCAGAAUUAGAAAAUCUGGCUUCAAGACAGAUAAAGGAACAGAGCAAAAAGGUGGCCAAUCUAAAGCAUAAAGAACAGGUAGAAAAGAAAAGGAAUGCUCAGUUGCUCGAAGAAGCACGACGAAGGGAAGAUAAUCUAUCUGACAAUUCACAUCACCUCCAGGAUACCUUACGACAGAAGGAUGACAGGAUUGAGGAGUUGGAGGAGGCUCUGCGGGAGAGUGUACAAAUCACAGCAGAACGUGAAAUGGUGCUCGCACAGGAAGAGUCUGCCAGAAACUCUUCUGAAAAGCAGGUGGAAGAGUUAUUGGCAGCUAUGGAAAAAGUGAAACAGGAGCUGGAGAUGAUGAAAGCCAAACUAUCCUCUACUCAGCAGUCCCUUGCAGAAAAGGAAGCCCAUCUCACGAACCUACGUACUGAAAGGAGGAAACACCUCGAGGAAGUGCUUGAAAUGAAGCAAGAGGCAUUGCUGGCUGCCAUCAGUGAAAAGGAUGCUAACAUUGCUCUGCUAGAGUUAUCAUCGUCCAAAAAAAAGAAAACCCAGGAGGAAGUGAUAUCACUGAAGAGGGAGAAGGACAGAUUGGUGCAGCAACUCAAACAGCAGACCCAGAACAGAAUGAAGCUGAUGGCAGAUAAUUAUGAGGAAGAGCACCUGAAAUCCUCAGCACAUUUGGAGCAGACAAAUCAUAAACCCUCCCCGGACCAGAAUGUCCAGUCACUUUUAGAACUGAACCAGAACCGCAGUAAACUGAAGCUAUAUAUCGGACACCUCACAUCUCUAUGUCAGGAUCGCGACUCACAGAUUCUCCAAGGACUAACUCCACCCCCGGCAUAUGAUCUCGACGAUGAUAGGGCAGCAUGGGAGGAAGAGCUGCAGAAGAUGAGCUCAGAACAGCUGAGUGUUGAGCUGCAACAGUGUGAAAAAGAAAGUUCAGAGCUGCAGGACUACGCCAAUGCCAUCUUGCAGCAGAUAGCGGACCACUGCCCUGACAUCCUCGAACUGGUCGUCAAUGCCUUGGAAGAAUCCUCAUGAGAUCAACACUGAGCUAAGAAAAUGAGCAAGUUUCCUGCAGUUUAUUUUUUAGAAUUUAUAUUCUUUUUCUUUAAGAUCUACUAAAAUGUGUCAGCACAAUCAUGUGGCACUUGCCACAUCCAUCUUCUGUGGAAAUGUGGUAGAAAUUAACAGGUUGAAUCCUUCCAAAAGCUGAUGUGGCAAAGUCCAGAAAUUAUGUAAUUGUUAUUUUUCAAAAUUUGAUACGAUAGAUUCUGAAACAAGUACCCAAACUGUGCAUUUUAUUGGAGCUGUGAGCAACCAGAAUCCAUAUUAUAUUACACAUUAUGGGAACUUGUACCUCAUGAACAAAUUACAAGUUUCCAUAAUGUAAUCAUGAGAAUAGAGUUCAUGAGAACCAGUAAAUUCUUAAUGUACUGCAUUUGAUCUCCAAUUGAAAAUAUUGUACCCCAUGUUUGGCAAACUAUAAACUUUAAGGACAGUCCAUUUGGACCAACAUUAUAGCACACAAGUAGGGUAGCAGCUGAUGUGGGCCAAGAACUAUGUUACUAAAUUAAUCCAUGGAGCACAAAUUUCUUUCCCAAAGCUACAAAAGACUAUAACAAGACAGUGACUAUUACAUAAUAAUAAUCUAUUUUAUCUGUGCUAUAUGAAGACAUUGAGGACAGCAACUGAGCUGAAGAACUGAAACUGCUGGUUUGUCUUUCACAUAUACUUACUUUCUCUCAAUUC